UUAUUUUUGUUUUGAAGAAAAGCUGAACCAACAACCCAUAGCGGCAAAAUACCGCCCAGAAUAAACUGAGCUCCACCAAGACCAAGUCAUUCAGGCCUUAGAAACCUCCUCCGAUUCUUUCUUGGUUCGAGAUUCCCUCUCUGGCUCUCUGUUUUCCGAUUCUCACAACCGACCAAAUCAAAGAAAAGAGCGAGAAAGCGGUGUCGUUUUGGUUGCAGAGAUUCGCUAGACUGCGAAAAUGAAGAAGUCACCGUUGCCACUGCAACACAUACGCGGCUCCGAGACGCAUGUCCGCGGAAAGGAAGCUCUGGUGAAGCUUCUCAGGUGGCAUUUCGGCCACUCUGAAUUUAGAGGCAACCAAUUGGAGGCCAUCGAAGCUGUUCUCUCCGGAAGGGAUUGUUUCUGUCUGAUGCCGACUGGAGGAGGGAAGUCAAUGUGUUUUCAAAUCCCUGCAGUGGCGAAACCAGGGAUUGUGCUUGUUGUUUGUCCUUUAAUAGCAUUAAUGGAAAACCAAGUGAUGGCAUUGAAGGAGAAAGGAAUUGCGGCUGAAUAUCUCUCUUCAACCCAAACAUCUCAUGCCAAAAACAAGAUCCAUGAGGACAUUGAUUCUGGAAAACCAUCAGUUAGGCUGCUGUAUGUAACACCAGAAUUGAUUUCAACACCUGGGUUUAUGUUAAAGCUGACUAAGAUCUAUUCUAGAGGGUUGUUGAAUCUCAUUGCCAUAGAUGAGGCACAUUGCAUCUCAACUUGGGGCCAUGAUUUCAGGCCUAGCUACCGUAAGCUUUCAUCUUUGAGGAGCCGCCUUCCAGAUGUACCGAUAUUGGCUUUGACAGCUACUGCUGUUCCUAAAGUUCAGCAGGAUGUGAUAGAGUCCUUAUGCUUGCAAAACCCUUUAGUCCUAAAAUCCUCUUUUAAUCGUCCUAAUAUAUAUUAUGAAGUUCGAUACAAAGAUCUUCUUGAUGAUGCCUAUGCUGAUAUGUCUAAUCUACUCAAAUCUAUUGGAGAUGUUUGUGCAAUUGUAUACUGCCUUGAGCGUACAACAUGUGAUGAUUUGUCUGCUCAUCUAUCAAACAGUGGCAUUUCAUCUGCUGCUUAUCAUGCAGGACUUAAUAGUAAAAUGCGGACCUCCGUUUUAGAUGAUUGGAUUUCUUCUAAGAUACAAGUUGUAGUAGCCACAGUAGCUUUUGGGAUGGGUAUAGAUAGAAAGGAUGUCAGAAUUGUUUGCCACUAUAAUAUUCCGAAAUCGAUGGAAGCCUUCUAUCAAGAGUCAGGUAGAGCUGGCCGUGAUCAAUUACCCUCAAGAAGUAUGUUGUACUAUGGAAUGGAUGACCGCAAAAAAAUGGAAUUUAUUCUUAACAAUGCUGAGAAGAAGAAGUUCCAGUCCUCGAGCUCUGAGGAAGGGUUGUCAAAGAAGUCCCUGACUGACUUCAUCCAGAUGGUUGAGUAUUGCGAAAGUUCUGGAUGCCGAAGGAAAAAGAUUCUCAAGAGUUUUGGGGAACAGGUACCUACAUCACUAUGUAGAAAAUCAUGUGAUGCUUGCAAACAUCCAAACCUAGUAGCCAAGUAUUUGGAGGAACUCACAAAUACUUGUGCUGUUCAGCAGAAAAGUCGUUUUUCUCGAAUUUUGAUAAGCAGCUCCUCGGAUAUUGUUGAUGAAAAACAAUUCUCUGAAUUCUGGAAUCGUGAUGAAGAUGCACGAGGUUCUGAGGAUGAUAUAUCUAAUUCUGAUGAUGAUACCGAGGUUACGGAGAGCCUAGUCAGGUCGAAGUUACCAUCAAACUCAGGACUAGAAGAGAAGAUUGAUUUUUUGCAGCAUGCCGAAGAAAGAUAUUACCAGAAUAAAGUUUCUGAUAGACAGAUUAAUAAACUCGACAAGAAAGUUAUAUCCGAGACUCUGAGGGAAUCAAGCAAACAAAGAUUACUAAAUGCACUAAAGCAGGCUCAGCAGCGGCUUGGCAAUUUGACGAUUGAAGUGGAAACAUCUGCUUGUUUCCUUGAAAGUGAGUGCUACAAGAAAUAUGGGAAGUCUGGGAAAUCCUUUUAUUAUUCACAAGUGGCGAGUACUGUCAGGUGGCUUUCAACAACAAGUUCUUUGGAUUUAACAAAUCGGCUUGGCACCAUUAGCAGCUUCCCCUCCGACGACAUUUUGUCUAAAGCAGAGCCUGCUACGAGGCCAUUGCUUGUGUUGGAUCAGGGACCAACAAAAAUCACGGGGGAAGAGCUGUAUGACAGUGCUAGAUCUGAAACUUCUCUAUGUGCUUCCCCUUGUACAGAGCUUCCAGCAAUUCCAUCCUUCUCGGAGUUUGUCAGCAGCAGCAGAAAGGCAAACGACAACCGAUCUAAAAGAGAUCCGGAGAAGCUAGAGAAGAGGAUGAGGUACAAAAAGGAGUAAGCGACACUUGUAGUAAGCCGUGAGAAGCUAGAAGAGUAGAAGAGAUACGUGUCAAGUAGUUUACCUGCAGUU